AAUAUAGAUAAAUAUAGAAUUGAUUUUAAUUAUAUGAUAAACUUUAAAAUGAACCCUGGUUCGAGGCUACGCGCACUGCAGAUCAAUCCAAUAUUGGCGUGAAAUAAACGCGCAGAUUUUGAACACCAGCCAAAGGAAUUGCACGAUUGAAAUUCAUCUUGGGUUUUAUAGAUUUAAGGCGAUAGCGAAUUGUUAUAUACUCGUGCAAAAAUAAAGAAACUUUAUUUAAUACUAAAUUAUUUGUUAUAAUAUUGUUAUCAGUAUAUAUCAGUAGGUUAUAGGGUUUUAGGCAGUUUUAGGUACCCUGAAACAAUAUGGCAGAUAUAACGAAUGCCUCGCGGUGCUAUGUCAUUUUGUUGAAUUUAGGAUAUACCUUGUAUUUAAACAAUCCAAUUUGAUUAUUAUUAAAAAAUACUGUUAUAGUGACAAGAGAUUUUUCUGUCAUGGGCAACAAUGGACGCGAUAUCAGUGUGCAUGUAAAAGGGCCCUUUAAAGGUUAAAAUUGGAGGGUGCUCAAGAGCGUCAUUGCACCGGCGCCAAACUUUGUUAUUAUCGAUACGUAUUGAUUAUUGUUGUUGUAUGCGUUUCAUAAAACUUAAAGACCUGUUUGCAGUGGAAUCAAAUGAAAGAUCAAAGAAAUAUUUAGAGGAACCGCAUUCAAGGCUGCACUUUUUGCAAGAGGAAGUGUGCAUCCGCUUAAAGGAGGAUCCUUGUUCUGUCAACGUAUCGAUCCUACAGUAAUUAGACUCUCGAAAUUUGUGAAUGUUUCUUUGAAAUCUUGUAAAACGUCAAGUAGUGACAUUACUUGCUACUUCACAAUAAUAAUUGAUGGUGUGCAUUAGGAAGUGUUUGUUGAAAUAGGGACACACCCAAAAGGCCACUAAAAUAGAAAAAAAAAUGGAUUCAGCCACUGAAUUGGAGCAAAUUGAAAAAUUGGCCAAAGAAGCAGAAAGCCUCAAAAUACGAUUAGAAGAUGAAAGACAAAAAUUAAAUGAUGUUACACUUGCUAGUGUAGCUGACAGACUGGAACCAAUUAAUUGUAUGAAUGUCAAGCCAAGGCGUAUUUUAAAAGGACAUCAGGCAAAGGUUUUAUGUUCUGAUUGGUCACCAGAUAAACGGCACAUUGUAUCAUCUUCACAAGAUGGCAAGAUGAUAAUAUGGGAUGCUUUUACAACUAACAAAGAACAUGCUGUUACUAUGCCAACUACUUGGGUGAUGGCUUGUGCUUAUGCACCUAGCGGUGCUCUUGUAGCUUGUGGAGGACUAGAUAACAAAGUCACAGUCUAUCCACUCAGUUUAGAGGAUGAUGUCUCAGCACGUAAAAAGACUGUUGGUACGCACACUUCAUAUAUGUCCUGCUGUGCAUUUCCAAAUAGUGAUCAGCAAAUUUUAACUGGAAGUGGUGAUAGUACCUGCGCCUUAUGGGAUGUAGAGAGUGGUCAACUCUUACAAAACUUUCAUGGCCAUUCUGGAGAUGUUAUGUCCAUCGAUUUAGCACCCAGUGAGACUGGAAAUACGUUCGUUUCGGGUAGCUGUGAUAAAAUGGUUCUCAUCUGGGACAUGAGAAGUGGGCAGUGUGUACAGAGCUUCGAAGGACAUCGUUCUGACGUUAAUUCGGUACGAUUUCACCCCAGUGGUGAUGCGGUAGCAACAGGAUCGGAUGACGCCACUUGCCGUCUCUUUGACCUGCGGGCCGAUAAGGAAGUAGCCGUCUAUGCUAAGGAGAGCAUCAUUUUUGGUGCCAAUGCUGUGGAUCUCAGUAUAAGCGGACGAUUACUCUUUGCUGGACAUAAUGAUUAUACAGUUAAUGCUUGGGACACGUUAAAGUGCCAAAGAGUAGCACUUCUCUAUGGUCAUGAAAAUCGCGUUUCUUGUUUGCGAGUAUCCCCAGAUGGUACUGCACUCUCUACAGGAAGUUGGGACGCAACACUACGAGUCUGGGCUUAAAUAAUGCUCUUUGAAAGGAUCCUUGAUCUUACUUUUUUUAUUAUUCAUUUUCUCAGUCUACCAUGCGACGUUUAUCGGAUGACAUGCUAUGAUAAACAGGACACGUGGUGAGAUGUUUCCUACUAAGGCAUGGGCUACGAAUUUGUACUCAAAAAUGAUGCUAAAACGUAUUGCCAAAAUUUGCCUAGAGAAAUAUUAUAAGUGAUAGUAUUGUAAGUGCAAUAAAGUGAAAUAGUAUAAUGAGGUUGUAGAGUAUUGAAGAAAAAUGGACCGUUUCAUAGGCUGGACCUGAUUUAUAGUGAAUUCGGAAGCCAAAUUGUUCUCGUUGUUGAAUUAAGACCAUGUAAAUGUUAAUAAAUACAUAGCAAAGAUCAA